GUGCACACAGUAAGAGAUGCAUAUGUCAGAAAAGGUGGUAUUUUAGGUUUGUUUUUAAAAUUGGGAAGGACGGUGUACGCGAAUACUAGACAUUUGGUUUUACUAAGCGUGUACUUUUAUGCAUAUUUAAUUAGACAAAGCUUCAUGUCCAUAAAUAAAGGGACAUUUCUGAAAAAGUUUUAAAAUGAUCCCGGCCUGUGGUGUCUUGCCUUAAGACUUAUGCAUGUUCCUACUUGUAUUUUCCUCUUAAUUGGGUUGUCACACCUUAUUGCUUAUUGAGUCACGUUUUUCUUUCUAUGCCCAGCUCGUGUAUUUUUCCUGGUUCAGUGUAACAAAUGAGACAGCUGUUAAAAAUGUAGAAACUGCUGCACCUUGAGGGCAGUAUUCACAGUUCGACAACAGGGUACUGAUGGCCCCACAAGAUCUCACGCCUUUACACAGUGCCGUCUUACGCUGUAUGUAAGUGUGUACAUCAUCGGCAGCUCCUUAUGCGAUUUCAUCUUUGUUUUUUGUUUUGUUUUUUGUUUUUUACCUCAGAAGUUAGAAACACAAAAUGAGGUGUAUUUAGGAAUCUGGCCUAUAUUUUAACUGCAGUUUGGUGUCAGAUUACACAGGAUGUCAUCAGCAUAUUAGCAUUAACCCCUAUGGAAAGCCAUGUGUGUUAUCAUGGUUGGUGUGAUUAUUAUGUCUUCCAUAUACGUCACUAAGAGAGUUAAGAGUUAAAAAAAAUUAUAAUAACUUGCCAUGAGUUAAAAGCUCUUACAAUGACAGUAAGGGAGAUAAACAUUAGUAGUAAAAGAUCCAUCUAGUACAAGCUUUCUUUGUGGAAGUGUUGUGACAGAGCGACAGUAGGAGAGCACUGAUAUAUCUUAAGGCAUGUCAGGGACUGGAGCUAGAGUGAGAGAAUGAGAGAAUGUCAUUGAGAAUAAGACAGGUUGGACAGGUCAGUCCAGUGGGAAUGCUCAUCGGGUGUGGCGAGAGACGCAGCGAAUAGACUCCGAUUGAACUGGCAAGAUAGAGAGCAACAAAAAAAAAAAGGAGCAGCGUAAACCGAGUACCGAUUGAGAAAGAGACAAGUGUCGUUUUUGUAUUUUGAAUUAAAAGUGCUGCUCGGGAUUUUAAACUCAUCGAUCCUCAAGGACUACCGUUUGACUACGAUCGUUGGACUUAAGUGGAUAAUUGAGCCUAUUUGGACACAGUGAUGUAAACGUUUCUCCUAGGUUGGCUAGUAAAGGUUUGACAGCUGAAAGACCACAGGAGGUGAGGACGCAGAACCAGAGACAUGGCGGAGGCACCAAAGAUUGAGCUCUUCAUCAAGGCAAGUGAUGAUGGUGAAGGAGUUGGCAACUGUCCAUUCUGUCAGCGGCUCUUCAUGAUUCUCUGGCUUAAGGGGGUUAAUUUCACCCUCACCACAGUGGACAUGAAGAGAGCUCCAGAGGUUCUGAAGGACCUUGCUCCAGGCUCUCAGCCCCCAUUCCUCCUUUAUAAUGGAGAGGUACGCACUGACACUAACAAGAUUGAGGAGUUUCUGGAAGAGACUCUGGCACCCCCACAAUUUCCCAAACUGUGCUGUCGCUAUAAGGAGUCUAACAGUGCUGGCGAUGAUAUCUUCCACAAGUUCUCUGCUUACAUUAAAAACCCCAACCCUGGACUUAAUGACAUGCUGGAAAAGAAAUUUCUGAAGAGUCUGAUGAAGCUGGAUCAAUACUUACUCACCCCUCUUCCAUACGAGUUGGAUAAGAACCCGAAUGUAACUCAGUCCACCCGAAGCUACCUGGAUGGAGACUCCCUCACUCUCGCUGACUGCAACCUUCUCCCCAAGCUACAUAUUGUCAAGAUUGUGUGUAGGAAAUAUCGUGAUUUUGGGAUCCCUGCAGCCCUCACUGGUCUGACUAAGUACCUGGAGAAAUCCUACCAGCGGGACGAGUUCCGCUACACGUGCCCCAAUGACGUUGAGAUCCUGCUCGCCUACCAUUCUGUGGCCAAAUAUCUCAACAAGUAGAUCGAGUAUAGCAGGGGAUGGGUGGGGCUUGGCGAAUGGAGUGGCUCUAGGCAAGCCUGAAUCAUAUGUCUCGUAAAUACAAUUCUAUGUUAGAGGUUUCAAAUCACCUGUGGUUUGUAGGUGGAGGUUCUUUUUUUUUUUUUUUUGUACAAAUGAGAUAUUAUGUGCUUUGAGUAUUUGCUACCUUCUUUGUUUCAUAUUAACAUGUUUGCCUGUUUGUUAUUAUUACUUUCGGUACUGCCAUAUUCUCUGUACAUGGAAUCAUUUGUCUGUACAAUUUACAGUAUAAAAUCUCAGCUGAAAAACAUAAUGGUAACCAUUUGAGGUUUCUGUUGGUUCCUGGUGAUUUUAUAAUGGUUUGUAAUGAUUACUAAUGGUAUGUGUGUGGGUUGAUCACUGUGGAAAUGGUCCUAAUGGUUUUAAGUGGUAAGUUAAGAGUGUGAAUCAUUCUAUAUGAGUUUGAUAGUACUAGUUGGACUUGAAGGUGUCCUACAGGUGUCUGGUGGUCUCUGUGAUGAGCUCGCAGUAGUAGGCUGUUGUAUAAUGGUGAUUUAAUGUACUGUGCCCAAUAGACUUUGCUUCAGUUAUUCUAGACUGCAAGGCUUUCUUCAAGAAGGCAUUCAUGGAUAUCAACACAAGGCUUGCACACCAUUAGGACACAACAAUUAAAUUAAUUGGGCGGCACAGAGACACAGCAGGGUGUGUUGCUGUUGCACAGCUCCAGGGUUUCAGGGUCGAUUUUACUGUCUGUGUGGGGUUUUGCAUGUUUGCCUCAAAUUCACAUGGGUUUCCUUAAGGUUCACUGGUUUUCUUCCAAUGUCCAAAAAACAUUCCAGUAGGUCCAUCGACUAUGCUAAAUCGCCCAUAGGUGUAAAUGAGCGAAUGUUGUACUCCAAAGGACAGCCGACUAGCGUGUACUCCCACCUGCUUUACCAGGAUAUUCUCCAGAUCCACUGCCACCUUCAUCCCCCAAGAUGAAGAGCUUACUGAAGAUGAACAAAUUCAAUCACACUGAAUAUAUCCGAGAUCUGUAACCGAAUCAAGAAUGAAGACCAAGUAGUCUGGUGGGAAAAUGUUUCAUGGAAACCAUUAGGGCAAUUUCUAUUAACAAUAAAUAUAUAUUUGUAUUGUCUUUCUUUCUUUCACAAGAUUACACAUGCCAUUCAAUUCUGUAAAUAAGACCAAAAGAUGCACUGAAGCAACUUUAAGAAUAAAUAAAAUGUGACUUAUAAAUUG